AUGAUGAGUGUGACAACUGUCAUCGAGACAGGCAUUCUUCCCUCAGGUUCAUUACCCUCAGGGCAUAACAACCGUUUGUCUGCCACCAUAUUUCCUCCUGGUUUUGUUAUGAAGCUCCGCGCAGAAGCACCAGACAUGUGCAAGAGCACCACUAGUCAGGUAAGGCGAUCUCUUUGAUAGAAACGUGAUGUUAUCCAUGACUGAUAAGGGUGUUUUAUGCAAACGAGAGGGAGCGUGACAAAACAAUUGUCAAGUCAUUUGUCUUGAACUCUUUAACUCAGCUUUUAACUGGAUUAUUCUUCGAAACCAGUCCAAAUUGAUACCUAGCUCAAUUAAACCAUAACUCCCAAAAGCAUGUAACACAUGUGCGACACAAUGAUCAAUCAGAUCAAUCAUUAAUCUUGCUUUAGGGUUCCAUGCGAUCGAGUAUGUGGUCAUCGCUGUUCUCAGAGAGCAGCGUGCCAUCGGAUGUAGCCUUCUACAGAAGAGCAUCGUGGCUGGAGGAGUACGCCCAACAACGUGCUCGUGUUCUAGAUGACAGAUCGAUGGAACGAAGACGGAUUAGGGCCGAGAACAGGCCUCGGCUCAUCAGUUACCUGCUCCAGCUAUUACCUUGUACUCGGCCAAAACAAAAACAACAAGCCAAUGUCCUUGAGUGUGGAUCAAGCCGAGCCAGUCUGGAGUCGAUGCUCAAGGUGGGUUAG